AUGUGUGCAUGGAAAGUCAAUCCGCAGUCAAAUGUCACGCCAAGAUCUCUAAUGGUUGACACGCGCUUUAUUUCAACACCUGCUAAGUUAAGUGACAAAACUGCUACGUCAGCGCAGUCAGUCAAUGCAUGGACACAACAGCAGAUCAGACAGACAGAUCUCCACCAGAAGGCCUGGUGUCAGCUGGGUUCUCUCGGACUCAGCAAGCGGCACCCGCCGCUGGUGGAACACGUCGCAUACGUUGGUCACUGGUACUUUAGGGUUAAAGGGGAAGAAACUGGAAGGUUGGUGUAUUGGGCUCGGAUGCAUCGCUUUUUUGCAGAGCUGGAGCCAUCUGUUACCGUCACUGAGCAAAACCUGGCAGACCGAGUUCGGUACAUCCUGCGCUCCAACAUAUUUGGUCUGUUCCCUCAGCGGAUGAAAAUGUUACGGCUGGGAAUGCGGCACCACUAA